UCUCUCUCUCCCUCACAACCACUACCAUCUUGUAUGCAUAAAUUCAUUCAUAUUCAACAAGAAUACACACUAUAUAGCAACCUCAACGCCCCAUCUGCCCAACAUUGACUCACUCUGCAGUAGGAUUUCAAGACCCAUUUCCUUGAAACUUCUCUCUCUCUCUCUCUCUCUCAAGCACAUCCAUGGGGAAUGUGACAUCUUGUGCUCCUUCCAUAAUCUCAUCAAGUGGAGCAGUGAAGGUCUUAUUCAGCGAUGGAAGAUUUGAAGUCUACACAAAGCCAGUAAAAGCAGCAGAGCUCAUGCUAGAGAAUCCUGGACAAUUUGUCUGCGAAUCCAGCACCCUCAAAGUUGGCCACAGGAUUCAAGGCCUUCUAGCAGAUGAAGAGCUUGAGCUGCGGCGCCAGUUCUACUUCCUCCUUCCCAUGGAGCUCCUCUACUCGGUCCUUACACUCGAGGAAAUGAGCUCUCUCUCUUACAGAUCUUCCAAGGCUUUAAAGCGUGGAAGCUUCAACAACUUGGGCAAGAUCUUCCCUGUGCUUGGGGAGUUUUGCAUGUUUCCUUCUGAAGCCAAGACAUUAAAUGGUGAUCAAGACACUGAUCAUGAUCUUCAGCAAGAACCAGUCCUGCAGAGGUACUCAAAGCAGAGAUCAUGGAAGCCUGCGUUGGAGACUAUUGCUGAAACACCAUGUAGACAAUCAUGAGAUCUCACACAUAGCUGUAUUUUCUUUUUCUUUUCUUUUUUUUCUUGAAUUUCCUUUUCUUCAUCAAGUCUUUUUGUGUUAUUUAUUUUUUAGAUUAUGAGUAAUAAGGUAAAGAGGAAAACUUUGAUAUUCUCGGAUAUUUCAAUGUCUAUACGA